CCCGAAAAGGUGGUCUAUUGAUUUUCCAGGUGACGUCACUGCGAAAAUACCACCCACAAUCGCGAAGUGCACCCACCUCCUCACAUGACCACAAACAAACAAAACGACGAUAAAGAACGACGAAUCUGCGUGCAGGGCCGCCAAUCGACCGCAUAAUCCCAUUCGGAUGGGCCAAAAGCGAGACCAGUGCAUUUGCCGUGCGGCGACAGAAUGUUGAAGGCCCGUCUGCAGGAGGACGCCGUGCUGGGACGCUGCUUGGCCACCUCUAGCUCCGUGGAGCGGGGCGAGCUGGUGCUGGAGGAGCUGCCCUUCGCACGCGGACCGAAGCGCGACAGCGGAAUCGUGUGCCUGGGCUGCUACCAGUUCCUGCAGUUCGGAGAGGACGGCGAUUCGCUGGACCGCUGCGAACUCUGCGAUUGGCCGCUGUGCGGAUCGUGCGCCGACGACGAAGACGUCACGGAGCACCGCGGAGAGUGCCAGGUCUUCUCCGCCGCACGUGUCACUUUCGCCGGGAAUGUGAGCGAUGAUGGCGUCUGCCCGCAGUUGGAUUGCAUAACCAUAUUGAGGACCUCGCAUGCCCACUGUGCCCAGCAAUUUUGAUGCUUUAUGUCGGAGCAGGCAGAAAUGUAGUCAUGUAGUGGGGAGGAGGCAUCAUCUGUGGGGUGUGCCCAUGACAUGAGAUCUGAGAUCUGAGUGCGGCCAGCCGGCAUCAGUCAGCGAAAUGACAUCGCCGCCAACGCUGUCGGUGAAUAGGACAGCGGUUCAGUGGAGUCCGGUCUGCGGACGCUAUCUGGUGGCCAAGGGAGCGAUCCGUGGCCACGGUCUGCUGAUCGAGGAGCUGCCCUUUGCCGUCGGGCCCAAGUGCAAUGGACCGGUGGUGUGCCUGGGUUGCUACGAACCCAACCCAGAUCCGGAGGAGGAGCUGUGUAGCGAAUGUGGCUGGCCGCUGUGCGUGGAGUGCGCCCAACAAGCGGAUAACGCCCAUUUCCGCCUGGAGUGCAGCCAGCUGAAGGAUGCUCGGGCACGAUUCUUCCGCCUGCCCAGCGGCAGCAGGCACUGUCCGCAAUUGGACUGUAUUAUGCCGCUCAGAGUUCUGUUGGCCAAGGAGGCGAAUCCGGAGCGAUGGGACAACGAGGUGGCACCCAUGGAGCACCACAAGGAGGAGCGCCAAAGGGACGCGGAUGUCUGGCAUGCGGAUCGCGUUAAUAUCGCUCAGUAUUUGCGCGGUCCCUGCCAACUGGCCAACCGAUUCAGCGAGGAGCUGAUCAUGCAGGUGGUGGGUGUGCUGGAGGUGAACGCCUUCGAGGCGCGCAGCCCGAAGGGCUAUCCACUGAGGUGCCUCUUUCCCUAUACCGGCAUUCUGGCCCACAACUGCGUGCCCAACACAUCCAGGAGCAUCUAUCCCAGCGAGGGAUACAAAAUCCGACUGCGCGCCAUGGUGGACUUGGAGGAGGGUCAGCCCCUGCACCACAGCUACACCUACACAUUGGAUGGCACUGCCCAGAGACAGAAGCACCUGAAGCAGGGCAAGUUCUUCACCUGCCAAUGCGAACGCUGUCUGGAUCCCACCGAAUUGGGAACGCACUUCUCCAGCCUGAAGUGUGGUCAGUGCGCCGAGGGAUUCCAAGUGCCCAGGCAGCCAACAGAACCGGACACUAGUUGGAACUGCGCGAACUGUGGCUCCGACACCAGCAAUGCGGAUGCACUGGCGAUGCUCCAAUCCCUGCAAUCCGAGGUGAAUGCCGUGCAAGCGCUGCCCAUGGCAGCCAAGCGGCUGGAGGAGAUCGAACGACUGUUGCGCAAGUACAAAUCACUGCUGCAUCCGCUGCACUUUAUAGCCACCGGGCUGAGGCAGUUGCUCAUCGAGAUGUACGGGCGAGUACAGGGCUACGAGAUGGUGCAACUGCCGGACCACCAAUUGGAGCGCAAGGCGGAGCUAUGCCGCCAAGUGCUGAGAGUGCUGAACACCUUCGAACCGGGUCUGAGUCGAACACGCGCCAUGAAUCUUUACGAGCUGCACGUGCCACUGGUGCUGCUGGCCAAAAGUGGCUUCAUAGCCGGCAAGCUGAAGGGCGGCGAGCUGCGUGCCCGCCUCGUCGACGCCAUAGAUCUGCUGAAGGAGUGUGUGGAGAUCCUGGAGUUCGAGGACAAGAGCUCCCAGGAGGGAGUGCUGUGCGUUGUGGCCAAACAGGCGCUGAAACAGCUCACACUGAGCGUCGAGGGACUGGGAAGCGAACUCGAUUGAUUGACUUAUGCAUAUCGGUUAGCUUUAUUGGGAACAGUUCUGGGUUUCUAGGGACACAAACUGCUGAUGUUGGUGUUACAUUUAAAAUCUUAUUGGUGCGCUGGUCGAUGGUCGUAAAUGUCAAAAGAACAAUAAACUACAAAACUAAACAGUGAUUACAAUUAUUACAAAC